GAAAGUUCUUUAUAUCAGUGAGUUGCUUCAUCCUUGUCCUCGUCGUUAUCCAACUUUCUAGUUUUCUACGUUCUUCUCGCUUUGUGACUUCCUGUAUUCCAGCGCACCUUCAUGGUUCAGUUCAUGAUAUCGAACACCAACUCCCUCGCAAUGCUCAAGUUGGAGCUUCACGAUUCUGAGGAAGAAGAACUUGGCUCCCUUCCGAAGCGACCCAAAUUAGAUUCUUCUCCCGAGUGGAAUUCCAUCGAUGACUUCGUUCCGGCUCAGCCAACUUGCAAUUCGCUCAACCAGCCAAGCCCGCUCGGUUUGCGUCUCCGGAAGAGCCCGUCGCUUUUGGAUUUGAUUCAAAUGAGACUCUCCAAAGAAGAUAAUUCCAGAAUAGCUAAUGUAAUCAAGGAAGAUCGCAAGGGUACUAAAGCUACAGGAGCUUUGGAUGGUAAGCUCAAGGCGUCGAACUUUCCUGCAUCCAUUUUAAGAAUUGGGACCUGGGAGUAUAAGUCAAGAUAUGAAGGAGAUCUGGUGGCAAAAUGUUACUAUGCGAAGCACAAGCUCGUAUGGGAAGUUCUUGAUGGUGGUCUCAAGAGUAAGAUUGAAAUUCCUUGGUCUGAUAUCAUGGCUCUUAAUGCUAACUACCCUGAAAAUGGACUUGGAACGCUGGAAGUAGUGCUGGCUAGAAGACCCCUAUUUUUUAGGGAGAUCAAUCCACAACCUAGGAAGCAUACCUUGUGGCAGACAGCAUCAGACUUUACUGGUGGACAAGCUAGCAUGCAUAGGAAACAUUUUUUGCAAUGCCCUCAAGGAUUCUUAGGCAAGUAUUUUGAGAAGCUCAUCCAGUGUGAUCAUCGCCUCAACUUUUUAAGUCAGCAGCCAAAUGUGGUGCUGGGUUGUCCAUAUUUUGAACCCAGAACUGGCGAUGGUUUUGAUAGAAAAAGUGAAGAGCAGGCUGGUUUCUUUGGCUUGCAGAAUUUAGAACCAGCACCUGCGGUUAAUUCAUCUUCCUCAAUGUAUGAACACAAUCUUCUGGGUAUAGCUGUUGAGAACAAUUCCUGGGACACUUCACCUAGCUCAGUUAAGGACACCCAUGAAACCAAGGGGUUCUGGAGUAGAGAGGCUAACAAGCCAAGAUUUCCUAGCAAUUGGAAUCGAAUAAAAUUGCCUGGACUUCAACCAUCUAUGUCCAUGACAGAACUAGUAAGCCAGAUUGAACAUCACAUUUCACAACAGAUGACGUCUAAUAACUACUCCACCUUUGAGAACCAGAAUAGAAGAUCAGUUUUCAUGUAAACUCUAAAUUGUGUUCAGUGACUCUCAACUUACUGAGUCCCCUGACGAACAGUUCCUCAUGUCAAGAUGAUCCUUCAACAACACAAGACCAAUUACCGAACGAUAAGGGUCUUGAUGCACAUAGUGGUGAGGAAAGUAGUUGAUAUGAAUUCGUCUCACCAACCACAAGUUGUCUGCAAAGUGAUACUUGUGUCAGUAAGGAUGGAAAUGGCUUUCCCAGGAAAGAAUCAGUUGGGGAGCUUCUCAAUCUUCAGAGGAUAGCACCUCUGCCCCAGUUUUUGCUUCACAUCUCAGAAGACUUUGGUAACCAAGUUAGAUUGUGAUGGAUGAUCCACCAACGCAAAGCUUACAAGCAUCGCAAAACCCAUUUAAGAAGAUUCAAGGCAGGCACAGGAAUGACCUUUAAUGAAGUUAAUUCAAGCAAUAAGUAAAAAGGGGGUGGAAAAUGGUGAAUUCACUUAUGUAGAAUUCUUAAAGAAGUGGGGUCUAAAUUCUGUGUAUUUUCUAUUUUCAAUUCAGGUGUAAGUUUGGAAAUCUGUAAAAAUUCGUGAUAGGAAGGGUGGAAA